AUGGCCGGAUCUUCUGUCGGCCAGACACGCGCCCACGGUGGCCCUUUCCACCACCACCACCAUCAUCAUCAUGAUAAUGUGUACCUGACCUCGACCAACAAGAACGAUGCCGGCGUACGGAUUACAAGGAUCGGCCUGUACUCCAACCUGGGUAUGGCCCUGGUGAAGGGAGGCGGCGGUUACAUGUUCGGAUCCCAAGCCCUCGUGGCCGACGCAUGGCACAGCUUAACGGAUCUGGCGUCCGACAUCCUGACGCUGGCCACUGUGUCAUGGAGUCUCAAGCCCCCGACCGACGCGUUCCCCUCCGGUUUCGGAAAGAUCGAGAGCUUGGGCUCUCUGGGCGUGUCUAGCAUGCUACUCACCGGAGGGCUGUUCAUGUGCUGGAGCAGUCUCGUGACCUUGUACGCGCACUUCUUCUUGGACCCUGCCUCGGCAGCUGAGACCAUUGCCCACAUGCACCACGGCCACAGCCACGGUCACGGUCACGAUCAUGGCCAUGGCGCCCCAAGUCUACACGCAGCCUGGCUGGCCGCUGGAACUGUGGCUAUCAAGGAAUGGCUAUACCGUGCGACCAUGAAAGUCGCACGCGAACGGAAAUCAUCCGUCCUAGCCUCCAACGCCGUCCAUCACCGAGUCGACGGUCUGACGGGGAUCGUGACGCUAGCCGUGGUCCUGGGCGCGAACAUGCUCCACAACGCCGCAUGGCUUGACCCCGUGGGCGGCCUGCUCAUCUCGCUGCUGGUCAUCAAGGCCGGCGCCGAGAACACGGUCAGCGCGCUGUACGAGCUGGCCGACCGCAGCAUCGACGACGAGAUCAAGGGGUCCGUGCGGAAGAACGUGCAGAGGAGCCUAGAGGCGCAGGGCGCGCGGCGCGAUGUCGAGGUCCGGGACGUCUCGGGCGUCAAGUCGGGGCAGAACUACCUGGUCGACGUCGAGCUGGCCGUGCCGGGCGACUGGACGGUGGAGCAGGUGCGGGAGGUGGAAGAGGCGGUCCGGACGCAGUUGGGGUCCAAGGUCCGGGGCGUGCGGAAGGUAAGGGUGCGAUACGUGCCCAAGGACGCGCCGGUUGCGCGCAAGUUUGACGAGUACAUCCCGGGCAAUGUCAGCCCGAGGGAGAGCCCGGAACCCGAAGACGAGCACGACCACGACCACGAUCACGACCACGACCACCACGAGCAGAAUGGACACAGCAAGAGCAACGGACAUGAUAAGCAUUCGUAA